CGCUACAGAAAAGCGUAGAAGUCUGGUCAACAGUGUGGGAAGCUAAGUCAAAGCAAAAUGGCGACAGCCGGUGCAGCUGACUCGGGCUCGACUGCUCCUACAGGGGCCAGUGGAUCCCGGAAGUUGGCCUCACCUGAGGCUCCGGGCUCCUCAGGCACCUCCCAGACCUUGAAGAAAACCAUCGGACACAGGGGGGUGGACCCCACUGGAGAGACCACCUACAAAAAGACGACCUCCUCAGCUCUGAAGGGGGCGAUCCAGCUGGGCAUCACGUACACCGUGGGCAGUCUCAGUCAGAAGGCCGAGCGAGAUGUGCUCAUGCAGGACUUUGUCGUCGUAGAGAGCAUCUUCUUUCCCAGUGAGGGCAGUAACCUGACCCCAGCUCACCACUACAGUGACUUCAGAUUUAAGACGUACGCUCCUAUUGCCUUCCGCUACUUCAGAGAACUCUUUGGCAUCCGACCUGAUGACUACUUGUAUUCUCUCUGCAAUGAUCCACUCAUCGAACUGUCAAAUCCGGGAGCGAGUGGCUCAAUCUUCUACGUUUCCAGUGACGACGAAUUCAUCAUCAAAACAGUGCAGCACAAAGAAGCUGAGUUUCUACAGAAGCUGCUGCCCGGAUACUUCAUGAACCUCAACCAGAACAAGCGCACGCUGCUGCCCAAGUUCUACGGCCUGUACUGCGUGCAGGCGGGCGGCAAGAACAUCCGCAUCGUGGUGAUGAACAACCUGUUGCCGCGCGCCAUCCCCAUGCACAUGAAGUUCGACCUGAAGGGCUCCACCUACAAGCGGCGCGCCUCGGCCAAGGAGCGCGACAAGAAAGUGCCCACCUACAAGGAUCUGGACUUCAUCCAGGACCUGCCUGACGGCCUGCAGAUGGAGACCGACAACUACAACGCCCUCAGCAAGACCAUCCAGAGGGACUGCUUGCUGCUGCAGAGCUUUAAGAUCAUGGACUACAGCCUGCUGAUGGGCGUCCACAAUGUGGACCAGGCGCUGAGGGAGCGGCUCGGGGACCACAGCGCGGCCGGAGAGGGCCCAAUCACGCCCGACCAGAAGCGCCCCCAGACCCAGAAGUCUCUCUACUGCACCGCCAUGGAGUCCAUUCAGGGCGAAGCCCGCGGCAAGGGAGCCUUGGACACAGAGGACCACAUGGGAGGCAUUCCAGCAAGGACUUCCAAAGGGGAGAGGCUACUCAUCUACAUCGGAAUCAUUGACAUUCUUCAGUCCUAUAGAUUCAUCAAGAAGAUUGAGCAUUCCUGGAAAGCUCUGGUGCAUGAUGGGGACACUGUCUCCGUCCACAGGCCUGGCUUUUACGCUGAGCGCUUUCAGAGAUUCAUGUGCAACACGGUCUUCAGGAAGCUCCCAUUAAGGCCCUCCCCCUCCAAGAAGAGUCGAGGGGGAUGUCCGAGCGUGGUGCGGAGGUUGCCCAUGGGGACCGGCGCCCCUGCGUCCACGUCCAGCGCGGCGGGGGGACACUCUGUGGUGGACGCCAGACUGGUGUACAGGCCUCACUUAAGCCAGGCAGACAUGGACGGAGACGGCGGCAUGCAAUUGGGCAGACCUGACAUUCUCCCUAAGACACUUCAGGUGGGUGACUCGGGUGAGUUUGUGGAGACGAAUCUAUCCAACUCAUCGCUUGGCAGCACUGGCCUCACCUCCAGCUCCCCCCCACUCAGGUCAGUAGGGGUCGAAGUGCACAAGUCUGCGAGCACAGAGCAAGAGCACACUAUCUACCACAGUGAUGGUGCUGAAGGUUUAGAUGAAGUAGGCAAUGAAGAUGCGAUUUCACUCAAAGACAUAAUCCCCGAGACCAAUAUUUGUUUUUAAAGAUGGUGUGAGUCUCUAGAACACCUGAUGCAAGGAAGGAGGAGGAGAAGAAGAGAAGAGGAAAAAAAGCAAAGCAGGAGAACAAGGCAUCAGCUGGAGGGUCCUGCCCCACAUCUUUGUGUAUCUAUGUGUGUGUGCGUGCGUGCGUGGGAGUUCUGAAAGACUCCAGGCUGCACGCUACAAGGGAUGCAGCCGCCUGGUUUAAAAACGGCAAAGAAGGAAAGAACAGAGUGAGAUGGAGAAAAGAUAUGGAUGGGGAAAAUAUAUAUAUGUGUUAUAUUUGCGCACAAGAGAGUGUGUUUGUGUGGGAGUCCAUAGGCUCUCCUCAUCCCUCAGAGGAUAUGCUGCUAAAGCUCCAACUCCCAACUUGCAUCACUGGACUGAGACGCCCACUUUAAAACCUAUUGAACUGGCACAGGACUGACGGGGAGUGCUUGGCUGUACCGCUGUGCACUGGUUCAGGCGUGCUGGGAGGCCCAGCAGUUAUGACUGUUUGGGGGCAGCCGGAAGCUGCUUUUAACUGGAAUCGGAAUGCCCUGCUCUCCGGUUUAAUUGAACUCCCCACCAACGAGCCACCUCGUUACUCCUUCCCAGCUAUUAGAGGAUGGGAAGACCAAGGAGUGUUGUUUUAGUGCACACAUUUCAUGUGUUUGUAUCUGUUUGCCUCUCACUUUCCAGCUUCAACUCGCACUGCUGAUUCAUAAGCAACCGUUUAUGCUAGUUCUGAUAGUAAUGCUAGUUCUCAGAAUCAAAGCCUGCCUUUAAUGGCUGAUGGGUCUUCGUUUCACGUCAAUAUAAUCACACCUGUUUGAAAUGACACUGAGUACACUCUCCAUUUCUGCUGGUUACAGAAAUGAGAGGUCACUGUCUGAUGGACCAAGUGUGACACUGCUAGCCACACAGGUGAAGAUUGCGUUCAUGCUGUUAUCGUUUCAUUUCGUAGUGCUGAGAGCACUUGGAUAUGUAUGUGCAGUUGAGCUUCCCAAGCAUGGCAUGUGCACAGAUGAUCCACUGCUUUCUGUCCUUCUUUGCUCCAGCAUUGGGUUGCUUUUGGGUUUUGCUUUUUUUUUUUGUCUAUUUAAUGUUUCCUUUUUUUUUUUUUAUUUAAUAGACCACUAUCAAGACAUUCAACUCACUUGUCAUGAUUGUCUUUUGUGAGAUGCCCAUCUGCUUUCAGUUGGCCAGAUGCUCGCAUAGACAUUCUCCUGCAGUCACCCAAGCCGUUUAUUUAUCACUUGUCUUUUUCUUGGUCUCACUGUCAGGGGAAACCAGUAAGUUUCCCCUGGCACAGUUCAUGCCCCUGUCUUCAUUCUGACAGUCCAGAACAAUACAGAGUAUUAAUAAUAAACAUGUUAAUGUAUUAGAUGUGGACCAGCGGGAUAAAGGGGGUAAAUAUUUGCCCUUUCAAACUUUUAUCUUUUUAAAAAAUGUUUUAAUUAUUUUUUUUUUCCAUGAAGGAAGCAGGUAGUGUCCACUCAUGCCCUCAUGCCUAUAACCCAGUGGAAUGCCAGCAAUUGGGCAUUUAAAACUGGGACGAAAGUUUACAUUCCCUGCGUCUUAUUUCCACAACAGAUCUGAACUGACAGGGUUUGUGAAAAUAACAUAGAUCAAAAUGUCACCCAUCCAGUUAUUUAGCCUUUUUCUGUUUUUCCAUUUGAUGUUCACAUUUGUUCCAUACAUAUCUUGACUGGUGAGUAAAGCAUUCUGGACAUAGCCAACCAACUUAAAACCAAAUGCUCUCUGUGCUUGAGUAAAGCAUUCUGGACAUAGCCAACCAACUUAAAACCAAAUGCUCUCUGUGCUUGAGUAAAGCAUUCUGGACAUAGCCAACCAACUUAAAACCAAAUGCUCUCUGUGCUUGUUGCUGCAUGUUCCUUAGCCUUUUAAAAGUGGAUACAGGGUCUGGCAUAGUUAGUUGAAGUAGAGUUUGCUAGUGAUCUAUCCACAGCAGAAAACUUUGCCCAAGAGGAGAUGGAGAUUGAGGGAUGGAACAUGCACACAGUAACAGCACUGACUGACUGAAACGUUUUACGGAGGCCUGGACUUCCCUGUCCAUGGAACGCCCACCAAAGAGCUAGAUAUACCAGUCCAACUCUCUCAAUGCGGUGUUCUCGCACACCCUUGUGUCCAAGGCUAGAAGUGACUACAAACUAUGAAAAAAAACCUGGAAAAUGUGGAGAUCAUGGUACACAGAAUCCAAUAGUCUCCAGAACAGAACCAAGACCCAAACGAUUGGACUGAUUAAUUGAUUGCCAUGAUCCUGCAAAGAACUCAUGCUGAGAUUGUUGUUUUAGUCCCAUGGAUGUCUUGUUUGUUAUUAAGUAAUGGUUAAUGUAAUUUCAGUUGUUGAGUGUUUUUUCUUCCUGUUCAUUGUUCUGGUCCACAUUACUGGUGUGGCCACUGUGUGUGUGCACAGAUACAACACAUUUUGAACUGCUGCAAUGAGACAAUGCUUUUGUCCCCAAGGCUUCCAUGUUCUGGGUGAGCAUUCAAAAACAAACAAACAAAAAAGCCGGUGAUCAAGUUUUGAUGGUCGCGUGUGCCUCGUGCUAUGGUCUUCUGACCAGAUACCACCCCCUCCCCUCCCCCAGUGUGGCAUCUCCCAAGUCUUUCCACCCAAAGUUCUCUUGUUGGCCAGUGCUUCUUCCCCCAUGUUGCGGUCAGGAUCAUACUUCUGCCUCUUGAUAAUCAGUGUUCCUCAGGCAUUCCGCAGCUGACUGCCAUCUCACAAAUGCACACCCAAGUUUUGCAUGUGUCCUUCACCAAAGCUCGUACAUAGCCUCAUGUGAAAUGAUUGUGGAGAGUCAGCCACCAAAGUGAACAAACUGCCCCAUACGGAGUCCACAAAAUGCAAACGUUCUCAUCUGAGGCUAUAAUCUUUGUACUCAGUCUGUCUUUAAACAUUUGUAUGAAGUAAUGAAUGUUUUGGAUCUGCAGGAUCCACCACAGGACUGAUUAUUAUUAUUAUUAUUAUUAUUAUUAUUAUUAUUUCCAAAACAAUUCAUGUUGUGUAAAGAAGUACUAUUCAGUCCUGUUAUUGUUGGAGCUUACUUGGACAAAAUGUAGCCUCAUAGGGCUGAAUUUGUGAUCAAAAGUCAUGCCACCUAGGUGAAGAGGGCUUGUUGAUCAUUUAAAAUGUACAAAGUUGCAAGUUUAACCUACUCACUAGACUUGUCCUACAUGUGUAAAGUGACCCACAUACAAAUGUCAAGAUUCUCAUCUUUUGUAAUGUGAAUGUUCUUUGUCAAGAGGGAUUCCUGGAGCACAAACCGUGGCAACCAGACACGUCUUAUCCCCAGCACAAACACAAGGGGUUGCAUGCUGGCAAGACAGACACUACAGAUCAAAUUAAUUAUUGCAAUAUGAACUUUUGCCAGUUCUUGUUCAAGAAUUGUAUUUAUUGAGGCUGUUUUUGAUUUUUUUUUUCCGUGCUUUUUUUUGUUUUUUACCUUGUAGGUAUAUAAGAAUGAUAUAUGUACCGUAGAUGAUUGUAUGUAUCAUGUACUCUGGCAGAAAAUAAUUUCUGAAUCUUAAGUAGUAUGUAUUGCAUUAUAGACAAGGGGUAGGGAGGGAAGGAUUGUUUAACCUUAUCUUUUAUAUUACCAAGUGUUUUGAAAUGUGUUCUGAUCGGUAUUACCCAUUGCAAAUAAGUGAUUUACUCUCCUACUCUUGCAUUUUCUACUUUAUACUUCUGAAUGUCUCACGGUUCUAGGCUGUAGACCUGAAUGCCGUAAAAGCUUCAACGACUAUAUUUUUACUGGGCCUAUUUAAAAUGUGUAUAUGUACAUAAGCACUCACGGAAAUGCCUUUUUUUCUUGCGCUGUGUUCGCUGCCUCUGUAUCGCCAUGUUUUCAGUGAUGUGGUGGUGGUGCUUUUUCACAAUGUCUGAUUUUAAAUAAAACAUAAACAAAAAUA